AUGGCAAAUUUCAAGGGCCACGCUCUCCCAGGGAGCUUCUUCUUGAUAGUUGGACUGUGGUGGUCAGUGAAGUACCCACUGAAGUACUUUCACCAAAAGGGGAAGAGCAGCCGACUGACUCACCACUAUCAGCGUCUGGAGGUCACUGAGGCCGCCAUCAGAACUCUAUUUUCAGUCAUCGGCAUGCUGGCAGAGCAGUUUGUUCCGGACGGGCCCCACCUCCACCUGUCCCACGAGGACCACUGGGUAAAGCUCAUGAACUGGCAGCACAGCACCAUGUACCUGUUCUUUGGGGUCUCGGGACUCGUGGACAUGCUGACCUACCUCAUCACCCACAUCCCCUUGGGGCUGGACAGACUGGUCAUGGCUGUGGCAGUUUCCAAUGAAGGCUUCCUCUUGUACCACCAUGUCCACCACCGGCCACCGCUGGACCAGCACAUCCACUCCCUCCUGCUGUGUGCCGUGUUCGCGGGGGCUGUCAGCCUCACCUUGGAAGUGAUCCUCCGGGACAACAUCGUGCUGGAACUCUUCCGUACCAGCCUCGUUAUCCUUCAGGGCACCUGGUUCUGGCAGAUCGGGUUCGUGCUGUUCCCGCUUUUUGGAGCACCCGAAUGGGACCAGAAAGAUGACGCCAACAUCAUGUUCAUCACCAUGUGCUUCUGCUGGCACUACUUGGCCGCCCUCUGCAUUGUGGCCAUCAGCUACUCGCUGGUUUACUGCUUCCUGACACGGGUAAAGAGGCCUGGAGACAGAGAAAUCAUUGGGAUUCACAAGCUGAAGUCAGAUCACACCUACCAAAAGAUCCUCCUGAGCGGCUCUGAUGAGGACUAG